AUGUCAUUUCUAAAAAAAUAUGGAGUUACAAUUAAAUCUGAAUAUAUGCACGGAAGAAAUGACAGACAAAGUCAAGAAAUACAAUACAAAAAAAUAGGCCGAACUGCCAAGUCGGCUGAUUUAUCAAAAGAUUUUCAGUUACAUAACGAAGGGAUUAUUGAGAAAGAUAAGAAAACUGAAAAUCCUUACGUAAAUCCCAAACUAACUGACAGAAAAUCAGAAUCUAAAAUUUCCGAUACAUCUAAGUUAAAACGACCUAAAAAGAUCGACGAAUACACCACUCAAGUGAGAGUGACGAGCAGUGCACCGAUAUCACGACAAGAGUCUAAAAUACCAAUCUACACGGGUGUAAAGUUCCAUAGCACGGAGAUGAAUAACAAAAAGAACGCCAGGAUGCCGAUGGGAACAACAUCAACGUCGCGGUGGGGGUAUCACCGAGAUACGCGACAUAGCAGCAGUGAUAUGAAUCAACAGCAAAAGCACAAAAUUUCUUUAAGAAAUACUUCACCUUCAUUGAACUAUGGUUAUUCUCAUCAGCAAUUGAAUAGAUCUUUAGACAAUGUAGAUUCUGAAAUUGAGCCUCUUGAUAAUGACUCGAAGCUGGAGAUGAUUUUCAAAUACUGCGUCUGGCCAGAAGUGGCUAAGGACGAGCCCAAUGGCAAGGUCCUCGGCAACGGGACUGUAACCUCAUCCGAACUUCCCCUCGAACCUCCGACUGGUAAGAAUUUGUCGGAUGGUCUCCUGGGCUGCUGUCCUUGUUUCUUUCGUAGCAGAAGGUCCAUCGGGAUCGACUCGAGAAAUGUGUCGGAGCUGUCAGUCGGAGGACAUGCAGCCAGGACCGCGACACCGAUCUUCGCAGUCAAGAGCGACGACAGCCGCGGCACAAUGUAG